CUAUCAUCGUUUCCCCGUCAAAGAUCAUCAUGGCAUGUCAAAUAAGAAUCAAAAUCCGACCUCUUCUAGUGCUCCAUUACUAGCCGACGAGAAUGUGCUAAUGAAUCGAUAUCAUGGCGUUUACAUGUUAGUUAUGUUUUCUCAUCCCAUAGUUGCUGCUACUCAAGGUAUGCUAAAUAUCCUUUCCCCUGCCAUUGUUUCAUAUAAUGAAUCAUUUGAAUUGAGUAGGGUUAGAAUUUGUGCGCAAUUUUUCUAAUGACAAUGAUUUUUCAUUGGGCAAAUAAGUAGGUGGUGUUUAUGAGUUCAUUGAAACUGCUUUGGGAUUGACAGUUGGGUCUGUAGGUGUUGAUGUGACUUAAAUCGGGCUAUCAGCCGCUAUGAUUGGAAUCUACGGAUGUCUCAUAUGCUAGUGCACUUGGUAGUUUGAUGUACGCUAUGGUCUGCAUUAGACCUGAUCUUGCACAUGCUAUUAGUGUUGUAAGCAGGUUCAUAAUACAAUUAGGGAAGCAACAUUAGUAGGCUAUGAAAAGGAUCUUUCGAUACCUUCAGGGUACAUCUGAUGUGGGGAUUAGCUUCGGAAGUGAUACAGAGUGCUUAGAGGCUGGUUCUUCAGAUUUGUACUAUGCUGGAGAUGAUGACACAAGAAGAUCGAUGACCGGUUAUGUAUUCACUCUCGGGAAUUCUGUUGUGAGCGAGAAGGCAACUUUGCAGUCGAGAAUGACAUUGUCUACUACUGAAGCAGAGUACAUGGCGUUGACAGAUGCUGCUAAGGAGGGAAUACGGUUGAAGGGGCUAGUUGGUGAUCUGGGUCUACAUCAUGGUUAGGCAGUGGUGUAUUGCGAUACUUUAAGUGUAAUAUGCUUGGCAAAUGAUCAAGUCCACCAUGACAGGACUAAGCACUUCGACGUGAGGUAGCUGAAUGUUUUGAGUGGGUGAAUCCUCCCUAAGGGGCAUUGAUGGCAGGAGGGAGAGAAGUAUCAGAUUACAUCAUAUUAUAGUGAAACAGGGUCUCUCCUCCACGUGGACUAGCUAACACACAUUGUGUUAGUGAACCACGUAAAUCGUGUGUGUGUGCUUUCAUUUCUUGCAUUGUCGAAUACUUCAAUUUUAUGAUCCAUAGAAAAAUAGUCGUGACAAGUGGUAUCAUAUGUAACACCCUACCUUGUACGUAUUACCUAAUCAUAUUGUCCAUGCAUUUGCAGCGGGAAUAAUCUCGGGUGUUACAU